UCCCACCUGCGCGAGCGAUGCGCCUGAUCGUGCGCGAGCCGUUUCAUCUGACAGACGAAUUUAUUUUUUAAAUUAGCCGCAUAAACAUAAACAUUUUGAUAUGAUCGCGAUCAAAAUGCCUCACGGAAUCGACGAUGCGCCUUCCUGAGAUCUAAUUAUGACAGAAGAAGCGUUUUAAUCGGCGCGAGGAUCGAUGGAGAGACUUUAAUGUCAGAUUGAACCGCUAAGGUGAAACUCUGAUGAAUAAUGCCUGGGAAGUUAAAGGCGAAGAUUGUUGCUGGGCGGCACCUGCCUGUCAUGGACCGUGCCAGCGAUCUCACAGACGCCUUUGUGGAGGUGAAGUUUGGAAACACAACAUUUAAAACGGAUGUGUACCCCAAAUCCCUGAAUCCUCAGUGGAAUUCAGAGUGGUUCAAAUUCGAGGUGGAUGAUGAGGAUUUGCAGGAUGAGCCGUUGCAGAUAACUGUUCUUGACCAUGACACAUACAGCGCUAAUGAUGCCAUAGGAAAGGUGUACAUCGACAUUGAUCCACUGCUCUGCAGUGAAGCUGCUACUGUCAUUUCUGGCUGGCUCCCCAUCUACGACACUAUACAUGGUAUAAGAGGGGAAAUCAACGUUCUGGUGAAGGUGGAUCUCUUCAAUGACCUGAACCGCUUCAGACAGUCUUCAUGUGGGGUUAAAUUCUUCUGUACAACAUCCAUUCCUCGAUGUUACCGGGCCAUUAUGGUACAUGGCUUUGUGGAAGAGCUUGUGGUAAAUGAGGAUCCAGAGUACCAGUGGAUCGACCGUAUCAGAACCCCUCGUGCGUCCAACGAGGCCAGACAGAGACUCAUCUUUCUCAUGUCAGGUGAAUUGCAGAGGAAGAUUGGUCUGAAGGUGCUGGAGAUGGGAGGGAAUGCAGUGGUGGGGUACCUACAGUGUUUUGACCUUGAAGGAGAAUCAGGCCUUGUGGUUCGUGCCAUUGGGACAGCCUGCACACUUGAGAAAAUCAGCACAUUCCCUGCCACAGCCACAUACCCCAGCAACUCCUCUCCUUCAAAAGACAUGAAAGAGCCAGGGUUUGGGGAGGAGACCCCUGGUGUCCCGUUAUCCUCCGGACCCCCCACCCCUCUGAGAGCACAAACUUUCUCCUCCUUCUCCCCUUCCAAGUCCUACAGUCGCCAGUCCUCCUCCUCUGACACCGAGCUCAGCCUAACCCCCAAAACCGGAAUGGGAAGUGGCGGCAGUGCAGGAAAGGAGGCGGGGCCUCUUAAAGCUCUUCUGAGGCAGCAGACCCAAUCAGCACUGGAGCAAAGAGAAUACCCUUUCUUCACGUUGACCGCCUUCCCUCCUGGAUUUCUCCUUCAUGUGGGAGGCGUGGUCAGUGCGCGCUCAGUAAAGCUUCUGGAUCGAAUCCACAACCCAGACGAGCCGGAGACACGGGAUGCGUGGUGGGAGGAGAUCCGUCAGGAAAUAAAGUCUCAUGCCAAAGCUCUUGGCUGCCACGCUGUGGUGGGCUACAGCGAGUCCACCAGCAUCUGUGAGGAGGUGUGUAUUCUAUCAGCGUCAGGCACUGCGGCAAUCCUCAGCUCCCGAUUUAUGCAGGACGGCCCGCUGGAUGCCGAACACAGAUUUGAGGAGGUGGUGUCCCCUGGCUGUGGGUUUUGCCACAUACCGUACGAUGAGUUGAAUAUACCAUUUCCUGCUCAGCUCACCUAUUGCUACUGCUGUCGCCACUACAAAGUGCCCGACGUCCUCUUCACCACAAUCGACCUGCCUACUGAAGCCAACGUCACCGGGAAGGGCUGCCUGAUUCAGGCCAGGCUGUGCAGGACUAAAAAGAAGGCCCAGGGAGAAGGGAACGCCACGGCCAUUAGUAAUCUUCUGCCAUUUCUAGAGUACGAACUCCACACACAGCUGAUGAACAAAUUGAAGCUACGAGGCAUGAAUGCUUUGUUCGGGCUACGUAUCCAAAUCAGCGUGGGAGAGACCAUGCUGCUAGGAUUAGCGUCUGCAACAGGAGUUUAUCUGACAGCUUUACCCAGUCCUGGAGGAAUCCAGAUUACGGGAAAAACUCCCAGUGACAUCACAUAUGAACAGCACAUCUCCAAUAUGCAGAAGAAAAUCAAUGACACCAUUACUAAAAACAAAGAACUGUAUGAAAUCAACCCUCCUGAGGUUGUCGAAGAGAUCAUUGGUUCGCCGAUCCCUGAGCCCUGUCAGAGGUCUCGUCUCUUUCGUUCUCACUCAGAGAGUUCAGAUGAGGUGUCAGAACUAGACUUAUCCCAUGGGAAGAAGGAUGCCUUUGUGUUGGAGAUUGAUGACACGGAUGCUGUGGAAGAUAUACAUGCACUUCUGACUGAUUUCUCCAUCCCAGCAGGAUUCUACAGCUGCAACACUGAAAUCAUGCCUGGGAUUCAGAACUGGACUUCAGCUAUACAGAUGUUUACCUCCGUGAGGGUCUUUCGCCUUAACAACGCCAACUUGACCAAUCAGGGACUGAAUAAGAUUUUCAGUGACCUCUGUGAGAACCUGCUUAAGAGUUUGUACUUCAAACUGCGGUCGAUGGUCCCAUGCUGUCUUUGUCACCUGAACUUCACAGUGGCCAUACCUGAAGAUGAGCUUAUUCAGGUGGCGGUAACAGCUGUGGCAAUGAGCUUUGACAAAGAGCAGAGUUUGGAAAAUGGCAAACAAAGUGGGGAAAAGACACUGAUAAAGGCCAUAACAGAUGAGCAGCUUCAGUUCAAUCUGGAACUCAAUGCUGAAACAUCUUCUUCCAAUCCUCUCAGCUCCCCCAAAGGUAUAACUAUGGAGAAGGCCAGCCCGUUGCCUGAAGGUCGCUCUCGUUCUCUUCGGUCAAAUCGUUCCUACUCGGGCAGUUCUGUCGCAGUGGUCAAAAUGACCCCGCUCUCUUUCAUUCCUGGAGCAAAGAUCAUCAGAUACCUUGGCAUCAUCAACAUGUUCUUCAUUAGAGAGACCACCUCACUCAGAGAGGAGGGAGGUGUAAGUGGGUUUCUGCAUACAUUUAUUGCUGAAGUAUUUGCGAUGGUUCGCGCCCAUGUCGCUGCUCUUGGAGGAAAUGCUGUCGUCUCCUACAGCAUGAAGGAGUGUGUGUUCAUGGAGAAUCCUAACAAGAACCAGGCGCAGUGCCUAAUUAAUGUCAGUGGGGACGCUGUUAUUUUUGUCCGAGAAUCUGAACUCGAGUUGACUUCGGUACAGCCACAGUCAGCCACAACACAGACCUCCAACUGUGGGGAAGGAACGUGAACCCACAUACACACAGACAAACUCUCAAGUAAACACGUUUUAACAUGAACCAUGCCAUUUGAAGCAGUUUCACGCUGAAUCUACCAACCAAAUCUCCAAAAAGAAGCAAAAAUCUAGACCUUAUUGGUUGGUUCUCCCAAGUGUCAUAUUUUAGAUCCUUUAAAUGGCCAAUAUUUGGUUUUAUUUCAGAAUAUUUUAAAAUUCCUCCAUCGGAAGCCUUUCAGAAAGGUCAUCUGUCAUGUUUCUAUGUAUUGGCCAUUGUUGUUCACAUUCCAUUUUGUCCAUAUGUGGUGGAGGCAGCUACCAAAUUCAAAAGGUCUAUAAAAUGCGUCUUUUGUGUUCGCAAAGAGUGUGUAAAUGCGUCAACGACUCUCUAAAUGGCCGUGUUUUGUAUUUAAAUGAAGGUAUAAACUACUGAUGCACUCGCAUGGACAUCCAGUUCAUGAUUUUAAAUACUGGUUUCAAAUAAGACACUUCCUGUCAUGUCCUACUGAUCUCUUUAAAAUCAUGUCAUAUGCUGGAAAUGUUUGUUUGCAUUCAUGUGCCACAAUGUAUGCUUUUAUUUAAUCAUAAUGUUUGGGUCGGACUUCUGCAAGGCUGGCCCGAUUUUUUUGCAUGUGCAAUGCCAGUUAACCAUUAAGAAAAAAAGAUAUUUUAGGGUGGAGUUGUCAUUCACCAUGGACUGACACUUGAAUGUACAGAUGAUGGGUCUGGAUAUGAGGUGGACGACUCUGCUCCUGCGUGGACUGACUUUUAAUGCUGUUAUUUUGUAUUAUUUUGUUAUUUUGCCUGAGGACAAAUCAAAAUUGCACAUUAAUAAGAUAUAAUUGA